ACCACGAAAAACAAUAAAACAAACCCUUCAUUUCUCCUCACCAUUUUCUUCUCUCCCAAUUCUAAACAUCGUUCUCCUCUCUGUCUCUGCAACCAUGAGUAAGGGACCGGGACUCUUCUCCGACAUCGGAAAGAAAGCCAAAGAUCUCUUGACCAAGGAUUAUAUCAACGAUCAGAAAUUCACCGUCUCCACUUACAGUGAUGCCGGACUGGGCCUGACAUCAACGGCACUGAAGAGAGGAGGACUUUCAAUUGGUGAUGUCUCUGUCCUGUACAAGUACAAGAAUGCUUUAUUUGAUGUCAAAGUCGAUACAGAGUCUAAUAUCUCAACAACUUUCACAUUCACUGAGAUUCUUCCAUCAACAAAGACUAUUGCAUCUUUCAAAGUUCCUGACUAUAGUUCGGGACAGUUGGAGGUUCAGUAUUUCCAUGACCAUGCAACUCUUACAACAGCAGUUGGAAUGAACCAAACACCUGCUGUUGAUGUCUCAGCUACCAUUGGAACACCAUUCAUUGCUUUUGGUGCAGAGGCAGGUUAUGACACCACUUCUGGAAGUUUUACAAAGUACACUGCUGGUAUUAGUGUGUCAAAGCCAGAUUCUUGUGCUUCAAUAAUUAUGGGUGACAAGGGAGACAGUAUAAAAGCAUCUUACGUGCAUCAUUUGGACAAGCUGAAGAAGAGUGCUGCUGUAGCAGAGAUCACUAGAAGGUUUUCCACAAAUGAGAACACUUUUACAGUUGGAGGGUUAUAUACCAUUGACCAUCUGACAGUGGUUAAAGCUAAGCUCAACAAUCAUGGGAGGCUUGGGGCACUUUUGCAGCAUGAGGUCAUACCAAAGUCUUUGCUGACAAUUUCUAGUGAGGUUGAUACCAAGGCCUUGGACAAAAAUCCUCGCUUUGGAUUGUCCCUCGCUCUCAAACCCUGAUUCUCUGCGAUUAUGUAGCACAUGCUAGAACAUGAUGGCAAAAUUUAUUUUGGUGGCACUUAAUGAGUGUCAAUAAGUACCACAGAUAAGGGAUAUUCAUUUCUAGUUCUAGGUUCUUGACUGUGAACCAUUUGUUUGCUGCUUAGGUUUUACCAUGGUCUUCUGUUUCUAUUAUUGCAAAUUCUUAUGUAAGUUCUGGGCAUUUUGACAACGGCACGUUAGAGUUCAGUUUGAUUGAUUGGAAACCGUAUUCAGUGGUGCAAGUUACUUGUAGGAGACUGUUUUCCUGCACCUUGUGAAAAUAAUUUCCCACGGUGGAUUUUGAUGCUUCA